UUUAUUCUUUUCGUAAAUGUGUGUGUGCAAAAUGCUGUUGUAUGUAAUUUUAGUGUUUGCAUUUUUUUUUAAUUGUGCGAGUUUGGAACAUGUUUGGCAUUCUUAUCAACACAAUCCCAACCACCAAAACCGAGAAGAACUCAGAAUCACUAAUAUCACAACUGAUGACCAGUUUAAGUUCAAUUAUGUUGCAAAAAGUUGGAAAAGUCUGUGUGAUGACCAGAUUUGCUAUCUUGUCGGUCUUUUAGACAAAAACGUGGUCAUUUCUAUCGUAAGMCUCAAUGAGGACAAAAACCAAUUUUGGCAAAAAUCACAAGAAAUUAAUUUAGGAGAACAAAUCACCGACGUUGCCAUUUUCCAAAACUGGAAUUCGAGUUUGCAAAAUUCUGAAACCAUAAUUGUGAUUGCGGUAAUCACUGAAUUGCUUUGGUAUAAACUCGACGAAACCAACUCAACUCUAUUUUGGGUCUGGCCCAUUCGCAAAAAUAUAACUCACAUCAACUUUUUCCAAAUGGAUUUUGACAACCACUUGUUGAUAAUAAAUCAACACUUAUCUCAAAUCACAGCCGAUUUAUACCAAAUUGAACUGAAAAAAUCACCUAAUUUUUGGCUCCGUCAGAAAUUGCCCUUGUCUGAUUUUGCMCACAGUUCCAGUGUGAUCACUUCAGGCCCUGAUUUUUUCCUCGCAAUUCCGCAAAAAUCACUCAACCAUUUAUCAAUUUACAAAAUGAGUGAUAAUCACUUUAUUAGUUACAAAAAUUUGACCAGUGGUGGCAUCACCGACGUUGUUGCCUUCACCUGUGGGCAUAAAUCUUUUCUUGCCAUUAACGGCAUGAAUGCGGGCAUUUACCGUUUAGUUAAAGGGAAUUUCCUGAAAGAAAGUUUAUCCAAUAGUCACUUCAGCGGUGUGAAUUUCUGGUUGCCUAUACAUUUGUCCGUUUACGGAGACGAUUUCAUGUUGAUUGCUCAACGUUCGCUGUUGCACGGAGGCCAUAAAUCUUUUAUCACCGAAAUAAUCACGUAUAACGGGGAUAAAUUCGAGGAACAUGAUGAUAUCCAUUGUGUGUAUUACGGGGAAGAGGUUUUGGGUUUAUCUUGUUUGCCAGGUGAAGGUGGCAUUGAAGGGUCCGCUUUGAUGAAUAUUGAUAAUAAUUUGGGUCUGGUGGUACCAMGGAAAAACCGCUCAAGCGACGUGUUUUUGUUCAAAAUUGAAAUUAGACAAAUUUCAAACCCUCUCGACCAACAAUUAGAAGAGUUUAUUAAACGAAAGUCUGAAAUUAAUAAUUUGAUUAAAGUUCAAGAAGGAAAAUACAAAGAAUUAGUCGCAAAGUCGCGACAGGUGUUUAAUUUGGAUUCAGUUAAAGCAAAAUUGGAUGAAAUGAAUGCAAAUGUUUUGAUUAUGAAACAACAAUUCGAUGCAAGUCCCACUCAUUACAAUUCAGUGACUUUUAAUAACGUUGUUGAAAUCAAAAGUAACGUAACAGCUGAAGAAGUUCAAGUUGAGGAAAUUGGUGAAGAGUUGGCGGAUACUCUUCUUGAAGAUAUUGUUAUGAGAGAUAAUAUUAGUGCAAUUUCUAGUCAAAAAUUUUUCAAAAAUCUGGAAACUGAAGAUUUGCUUUUUGAUAAUGUCAACGGAAUUAACUCAAAUCAACUUUUUUUUGCUACUGAUAAURUCACAAUUGAUGGUGAUUUGAUUUUAGAGAAGCCUUUAUGUGUUUUACAAGAUGUUGCAACUAGUAAUGUAAAUGGAGCUAAAUUUGAAGACCAAGUUAUCAAUUUGGAGUCUCCUAUUUCGCAAGAAAUUAUUUUUGAAAGUGUGAAAACAAACAAAGCUAAUGUUCAAAAAUUAAACGAUCAGUAUAUCCCGUCAGAGGCACAAAUUAACGAAUCUGGAACAUUUGAAUUUGAGUCACUUUUUAUUCCACAAGAUAUCACAGUUGAAAAAGUAAAUGGUGACGAUUUCAACAAUUUUUUGCACCAAUUAUGUCUUCGAAAUAUCAGAAAUUAUGUUCCUGGAUUAGUUAAAAUAGAAGGGGAUGUAACCGUUGAAAGAGACGCCAAAAUUGAAUAUUUGAACGACUUGAAAUUUCCACUUGAAUACGUUUUUUUAGAUAACACUUUUCCAAAUAUAACCGGGGUAAAAACUUUUAACAAAUUAAUCACCCCUGAAGUCCAUUGUGAAGGAACCAUCAAUGAUAUCAAUACAUCACAAUUUAUCACUCUUACAACUGACCAAAACCUGCCAGAAACUACAACUUUCAAAAACCUGAAAAUAACUGAAAGUCUUAACGUCGACGGUGAAAUAAUAGGCGAACAUGCGAGUAAAUUCCUCCCAAAUCCCACUCUCCUGAAAACCGAUUUUGUAACGGCUAAAACCCACUUCAAAGAUUUAGAAGUCGAAGGAGUGAUUUUUUUAUCUGAAAAUUUCAACGGGAAAAAUUUCAAGUCAAUGUUGAGCGAUAUCGUGUAUUCUAGUGAAGAAGAACCAUUUAUUGAUGGAUUGAAAACCUUCCCUGAAGGAUUAACAGUUCGCAAAAACUUAAUAAUUAGUUCAAAUACUGUCAAUAAUAUAAAUUUGGCCAAAAUUGUUACAAAAAACACGGAUCAGGUUUUAAAUUUGAGUGUCCUUGACGGAAUUGUCACUUUUGGUAAUGUUGAAAUUGGGGGACUUUACAAUUCUGUUAAUAUCACAAAACUGGAUGAGGAAUUAGUCAAGGUGGACGGAGAGCAAUACAUUUCUUCGACUCUAAUUUUUGAAGAUGAGUUAACUGUUAAUGAACUUGAGGCUAAAAUUGUGCGCCAAAAAGACCGAUUUUUCGGGUCACUCGAUGCUGAAAACGUUGUGGUUGAGGGAAAUUUUCAGGGUGAAAUACAAAGUUUCAGUUUGGGGGAAUUUAGCAAAAAUCGAAUGAGUUUCACUGAAGAUCAAACAGUGGAGGGUGUUUCAGAAAUCGGUCAUUCUUUUGUUACUUCAGUUUCAGCUAAAAAAAUUAAUGACGUGAAUCAUGACGAAUUUAGUUCAGUAUCAAUAAACCAAAAACUGAAAUCAAAAAUUCUAACCGGGAAUUUGGAGAUUACAAACUUGUAUGCAAAAUCGCUCGAAAUUGAUAAAAUUGAUAACAAGUCAACUGUGGGUCUUGGCGGAGCUUUGGACAUCAAGAAACACAAUUUAACAAACCUGASUUUCAAUGACGAUGUACAUUUUGAAAGUGUCGAAAUUGAAAACUUUGGUGGUGUAAAUUUCAACAAAUUUGUUACAAAUAUUGUUUACAAGAAUGAAACAGACGUGACUUUUCCUCACACCAAAAUCUUCCUUAAGGGUUUCACAGUCAGGAAACUGAUAGAAUCCCAAAAAAUCAACAACGUGUUUUUGGGCAAUAUUUUAAGAAAGUACGGGGUUCAAGAAAUUACAGGUCCAGUUACUGUUGAGGGAAAUGUCCAGUUUGGUGAAAAUAUCAYUGUUAAUAACAUCAAUAAUACUUCGAUUGAAACAAUAACCGAUUUUUUCCAAGUCAAUAAUAAUCAAAUUUACUUAAAAGGAGACGUUCUUUUUACCCGUCUACCUCACAUCCACAACCUCCACAUCAACUCGGUUCAGGAAUUUUUAGACGGCAUUAUUUACACCGACGACAAUUUUAAGAUCCAAGGCCAGACCACGUUUGAAAACAACGCAAACUUUGAAAAAAACAUCCGAGUGAUUGGGAAAAUCAACAGUAUUGACCUUCCGGCAUUUGUGUCUGAUAUGGUAAUGAUCACGAAGGACGCCUCCAUAAAGAGUUCUGCGAGAUUCACUAAACCUACUUUCAUCGACCACAUGAUCGUAAACAAUAAUCUCAAAACGCACGACUUGAACAAAAUCAAUCUCACCUCUUGGAUGGAUGACUCAAUUUUUGUUAACAAAGGAUUCAUGAAAGGCAAAUUUAUCUUUGAAAAUGUCACAAUUGUUGAUAAUUUACAAACCGACUUUAUAAACGAUAUUAACAUCAACACUUUGGUGCCAUUAAGGACUCACCARAACCUAACACAAUUAUCCUUCAAUGCAGUUAAUUUAUUCAAGGAUUUGCCUGUGGRCAACUCUACCAACUUUCAUAACUUACCAAAUGAGUUUGCCAACWCUGUCCUGAUUAAUACCGAGCAAGAAAUURAUUCAGAUGUUGAAUUUCUUGGGAAUGUUUUUAUCGACAACUUGGAAUUAUCAUCGAUUAACRGAAUCGAAACGACUCGUUUUGUUACAACAAACACCGACCAGGAAUUAACCGGGAUUUACCAUUUUACGUCUAAAGUCAACAUUGGAAACGAUUUAAUCGUUCAAGGUUUAGUCAAUGGGAUUAAUAUCACGGAGUGGGAUUCAGAAGGGGUUAAAAUAUCAGCACCCUAUGUGCAAAAUAUCACCAAUAAUUGGGUCAUCGAUCAAGAUUUGGUCCUCGAAGACGAAACCACCGGUUUUGGRUCAAUUAAUAGCCUCAAUUUUAAAAAAUUCAGUCACGAAAUUGAGGAAAAACGGAAUUAUAAAUACGCCAUGGAGAAAGCUCUCGUUGACGAUUACACCAAUAUUUGCAAAGACUUGACUUACAUGUAUGAACGUUUACAAAACCAAAUUUACAAAUUCAAUUACUUGGAAAAUCUACAAAUGCUCAAUUUCCAAAACCCCAUCGAGCACGUUUUUAGUUUUGAACACCAAAACAAAGYCWAYUUGUUGAUAAGUGAACGGARAAAUUGCGAGUCUCAUUUAUUCACUUUUGGUGAAAAAUUCCGUUUUGUUCAAAGUCUUCACUUUGGUUUAGUUUCGCAGAUUAUUUCAGUGCGUCUCCACAAUUUAUUUUAUUUAGUCAUACGUAAUCAGGCUUUCUAUUCAACUUGUAAAGUUCAAGGGACCAAUCUUUGGCAAGUAAUCGAUGAACAUUUCGUGCAUGUUGCAAAUAUCGAAGAUCAAGAUUUGUUGCAAGAAUCUCUAGCACCGGGGAUUUUUUACGGCAUUAGUGGCAACGAAAUAACCGAAUUUAAAGUUUUAUCAGAGUUAGACACUCUUGUCACAAGAACCAGGAAGUGGAAAGUUGAUGAAGACAACUUGGCAUUUGUUCCUAGAGGCUUAGCUACCGGCUUAACGUUACGGACAGGAAGAAAAUUAAUUAGAUUGCAUCGUGAAGACCCCAUCGUCGAGGAUUUCAGCUACGAGACUGAAAAAAUAAUUAGAGGUAACUGUACUGAAGAAUUCAAUCCGUUUUUCCCCGGUCGUAAAGGCAGUGAUCUUGUUGUAAUGAAAGUCGGGAUUAGAAGCAAUAAAAGGAGUUUACUCGCUGUUGCAAGUCACGAGGAGACCAGUGUUAGGGGCAGUUUAGAUUUUAUUAAGAUUUACGAAGAUGUCUUUGAGGGGAAAAUGUUUCAUAAGGUCGCGACUUAUAAACCGUCGUCUUUACUCUCAUUAGAGUUUAAAAGUGGGGAAACUUUUCUAGUUUUUAUGGAAGAUCAAAGUGUUUUACAGGUGUAUGAAUAUAAAGGGAUUGAAGGAUUCAAACAUAAAUUAUCCUCAAAAAUUGAAGGCUCGAAAUUGAUUACAAUUGGGGUUUCAGAGCGGAGACUAAUAGGAGUUGUUGAUAAGAAUAAACUAAGUUUUAUGGAAGCUGUGAUGUUGGGAAACCAAAUCGAGGAGAAUUUACACUGUACUUUGUAAUCUCUAUUAAUAAAAUCUAUUGUUAUCAAG